CACUCAAGUCACCGGCGCAGCGGUCGCGUCGACUUCUCACCUGCGCGGGGGGCAUCGCGUGGGGCAACAGCAAUCGGCGGCGGCGCAAGGGCGGGAAUUGAGUGAGGCGGCGGCGCCUCAGGCGGUUUGAGCCGCGGAGAGCAUCACAAGCCGGCGGCGCCCCGUUCGGGUGGCGUUUUUGAGUGAGCCAUCCGGAGCAGCGCGCGCGCGAGCCCGCGGCGCAACGCUCGGGCUGGGCUUUUGACUGAGCGGAACGCGCGGAACACGACCCGGUCGCGCCGCGGUUCCAGCAGUACCGCCGCCAGUCCCGCCGGCGGAAGCGCACGGCGCGCAGCAGCGCAUUGGGCCGCCGUUAGAGAGCGCGCAAGCCCGCGCCGCGCCGCUCGGCAGAGAAUGGCUCCAAUCGGUGAGGGUUGCGGUACAGCCUCCUCAGCGCACCCGCUGGGGCGGUUUCGGAGGUAGAGGGCAGCGAAUCGCAAAUACAAUCUUUCCUAGACGCCGUGCUUUACUUCACAGCGCAGCGGCGUGGCCAGCUGCCUCGCGCCUCGUCUUAUGCCAAAACUCAGCUUUUGGGCGCGGCCGAAUGCAGACAACAGAAUCGCAAGAGUCUAUUCUGGCUUCUGACGAGCCUUCCAAGACACCUCCGCCGAGAAUCAGAUUUUCCGUCGCACUAGUGUCUCUAUGCACGCUAGUUUGCGGCCCCGGCGCAAAUCGACCAAAACACGUCUAUAGACGCGUAACCACACGCAAAGAGCGCGUCGUACAACUUCCCAGAGCCGGCCCGCAGCGGACUGGGAGAGCUUACAAUCGCCGGUGCCGUAGCGCCCUCGCAACAGGCCAAACAUCACAGCGCUGCGGUGCAGCGCCGAGCGCGCGACGCAAACAAAGAACAAAAUGGCCGAACUCGCCGCGAACGACGCCGCCGACGACGCGCUGGUGGCCACCGUCGAGCAGGCGACGGACGAAGCCAAUAGAACCGACCCCCUCUUAGAGGCCGGUGAAGACGACGACGAGGUGACGAAGGCCAUGUUGCAACAAAGGACGACGAUGGAGGUCCAGAACGUCGUCGCCACGGUCAAUCUGAAAACACCCUUGGAUUUGAGAAAACUUUCCACGCAUGCGCGCAACGCCGAGUACAAUCCAAGAAAGUUCUCCGCGGUCGUGAUGCGGUUACGGGAGCCUAGGUGUACGGCUCUCGUGUUCCAGAGCGGCAAGUUGGUGUGCACCGGCGCGAAAUCCGAAGCGGCCGCGAAGCGAGGCGCGCGGAUCUACGCCGCUAUAAUAGCAAAAAUUGGUUUUCCGGUCCAGUUCACUGGUUUCAGACUACAGAACGUCGUCGCGACGGUGAACGUGGGCUUCCCUAUUCGGUUGGAGGCGUUGGCCUUCGCGCACAACACUUAUGCAAGUUACGAGCCUGAAUUAUUUCCGGGGCUGAUCUAUCGGUUGCUCGAGCCGAAGACGGUGAUCCUGACCUUCGUGUCUGGGCGCAUCGUCUUGACGGGGGCGAGAUCCGUAGCUCAACUGCACGAGGCCUUCCGGAAAGUGUAUCCCCUGCUGAACGAGUUCCGGAAGCAGUGCGUCGGUCCGUAUAGGGCCCCGCCGGCGCCGCGCAUCGGGCCCGACUAUUUGGCCGUGGUGCCGGCGCCGGCGCCGGCUGCCGCACUCGCUGAUGCUGCCGCGGCCGCUCGAGCGGCCGCCGGGGACUAAGUAUUCUUCUAGAA